AGUACGGUCCUUGUUUGCAUUUUCUCUGAGUUUCCUUUUGGCUUUUCUUUUGAACAAGUCGUGAGCAUGCGUCUGCUCACUCCUUGCUUGACUCUCGUCGCUCCACGCUUCUACCGCCGUGUUACGAGUUUUCACGAUUGCGUCGUCCGCGUGCUGUCCGCGCUGCUCUAGCGUGUGAAAGCGAGAACCCGAGCCGCCAUUUUUUGAAACUGGAGAAGCCAACUGCUCAUUUUUUCGCGGCCUCGAGAACUCCCCGAACUCUUCAAUUCGAGGGUUGACAGUUUCCCCCGUCCUUUCGUCUUUUUGCUGCCGUGCGGACUCCCGCGUCGCCAUCCGUACCUUGGCGUCUUGUGUCUUUGUCCGUUACCCCCCUGACUCUCUCGUUCCCUAUUCCUUUUCUGUCCGCAUACUUGCAUUUUCUCCGCACUGAAAGUAGCUUAUCCCUGAGCUGUUUCGAACUUUCCUCUCUUCGUCGCCCCUCAACUGUUCGUUUCCCUGCUCACCGCAAUUCGUCCGUGUACACAAAAGUCAGCCCGUAAUCCCGACGCUUAUGUCCACGCUCCUGAAUGCCUACCUACAGAAUGCACAUCUAAGGACAAUGCGCGACCCUUUCCUGUAGGAAGAGUUUGGCCGCAGCCUGGCUAGAGUGUGCCUGUACCCUUUUACUAUCGCUGUUAGCAUCUUCAGAGUCUUACCCCUCAGUUAGAGUUAAGGAGCCCUUUGUUUACAACGGUUUGUUUGAGGGUCCCUGGCGUCGCUCUUUGUGUCUUUCCUCACUUUCCAGACGCGAUCAUGAGUCAGCCUUUCGGGGAGUUUGGCGACAACCUCUCGUUUUACGGCUCGGCCUCGUACUCGAGUGGCCCUGCUACGAACAGUGGCGAGUCCUUCGGGAUGAUUUCCCUGGACCCGAGCAACCCGGCGGCCGAGUGUGCGCCGCCGCGGAAGUCGGGGUCCUCGAGCUUGCAGAACUCGAUUUUCGGGAAGAUGUUCGACACAAAGGGAAGCAACCCGGCUUUCGCCUCCACGCGCAGCUCGUCCGCUUUCAGCUCCUUCGGGGACAAGAGCUGGAAUCCCCUUAAGCCUCCGCGGGGGUCGAUGGACAACGUCGCUGCAGCGCUCGCUCAGGCGACUGGAAGGAGCAGCUUCUCAGGCGAGAAUGGCGGCGGCAAUGUGCAGGAAGAGCAAGGUUUGCUGGCUUCGGGCAUGUCUGCGGUCAAAGACGGAGCAAACCGCAUUCUCGGCAGCGCUCACAGCGUCGUCGCCGCUACCACCCAGUCCGUUUCGGACUCUCCUCUCUCCACACAACACCUCCUUCUCUUUGGCCUCGUGGCUGGCGUUGGCGUGCUCUUCAUGUGCCUCGCCUUUCUCACACUGCCCUUGCUCGUCUUCGCUCCCUCCAAGUUUGCUCUCCUCUUCACAAUGGGUUCCGUCUGCUUUAUGGUCAGCCUCGCCUUUCUCCGCGGCGUCAAGGCUCUCGUCUCGCAUCUCUCCGAAACUGCAAGGCUUCCUUUCACGGUCGCUUAUGGCCUGUCUCUCGUCCUCACUCUCUACGCGACACUGUGGGCGAAGUCUUACGUCCUGACUCUGAUUUUCUCGGUCGUGCAAAUGGUGGCUCUCGCCUCGUUUUUGGUGUCGUACAUUCCCGGUGGAAAACACAUGCUGAAGUUCAUUGGGGGAGCUGUGUGGCAGAUGAUAAGGAAGGCAUGCAAUUGCAAGGACGCGAGAGAUAUUCAGUUGCCUUUGUAGAGUCAACGCGUUUUGGAAGAGCGCCUUCCACUCUAUACAGGAACUCUUCAGACAGAAGGAGUCACGUUUUGCGGGUCUUCUCCAGAUGGUUCAGGGACCACUCGUUCGGUUUUCAUGAACGGAGUUCUUACCUGAGCAAUA